GCUGGCUGAGGAAAUGUCAGGGCUACCGACGGAAAUCACAUACAAGAACUCCGCUUGUCCUUCCUCACUCCCACCCAGUUUCGUGCUUUUCACGACGUUACACGAACGGCUUCCCACAGCGGAAGCCUUAAAUUAACCUAUAUUUGCCUGCUACCCCCACGCGCAUAGGAGAUCCAUUUGCCACAGCUCUUUGCAUAACCUUCCUGAUCAAGCACCCUUUACACAGCAGCAACACGAUGAGACUAUCGCAAUUCGUCGCCGGCCUCCUCCUCACAACGUCCACGGUCAAUACCGUGUCGAUACCAGAAACAAACGCCCUGACGCUUCUCGAAGACCAUGCUGCAACCGCUGCGAGAUCUAAUAUCCUUUCGCCGGAACACGCGCUAGAGAGGCGAAAGGGAGGCGGAGGCAAAGGCGGUGGCGGAGGCGGCGGAAAGUCUGGGGGCGGUGGGAAGUCUGGCGGUGGGAACGGCGGGGGCGGGAAGACCAGUUCCACUUCCAACACUGGCGGACAGACUAAGUCCGGGUCGGGUGCACCCCGUGCCUACGGGGGAGGCGGCUACUAUGGAGGAGGUUCUGUAGUGCCAUAUGCGGCAGGCUCAAAGACACCAAGGGGCCUGGUCGCUGGGGGGUUGCUCCUGCCUGUCGCCGCUCUGGCCCUCUUCCCAGGAAUCUGGCUGUGGAGCGUCUAUCCGUAUUACCUGCAUCCUUACAGGUUCCUGAAUCAAACUGUUCAGAACGCCACCAACGGACUCAACCAAACACUUCAGACUAUCUGCCUAUGUCAACAAUUUAGCGUCUGCGGCUGCGACGACAACGACAACUCUACGUACCUGAACGACCUCAUCGGCAAUGGUAGCUACGCUGCGCUAAACAAGUCGGUGGUCAACAUUUAUGACAAUGGGACUCGCCAUCUGGUUAUCAACGGCACUUUGCCUAACGGCACCACCGCAUCUGGUGGGACUGAUUCAGCUGCGCCAGGACUCGCUGUGCAGUAUUCCGGAUACUGGCUAAUGGGAGCCAUCUUCCUCUAUGCUGCCGCUGUCUUGUGAUCUUGACGAUCUUUUUUUUUCUUUCAUGUCAAUACGUUUUUAUCAGUCCGAUGCCCAAGCACCUGCCUGGGACAGACUAGAUUCAAGCUGAUUUCUCGAACACGUUAUUACAAAUUGGAAGGCGGUUAGAAGCAUGCAGUCUUCCACUCCGGUCUUCGAGCGGCAGUAGGGUCCUGCUACGUCUCCCAGUGUUCCUCGGAUGAGAUCUGAGUUGGAGUCUUGGCGUUGUUUUACUCAACUGGGUGGUCUGGACGUCUUUUUCUGGAUACCCCCAAGUAGAUCAAUUAGGCGUU